GUAGGCGGCAGUCCAUCUUACAUUUAUUUGUCAAAGAGUCUACACCCUUCGUUGCAGACUUAGGAGAGAGGGAUGGAAACGCUACUGUUUUCGGCCAUGGAAGGAAAGAAGAUGGGAAGUGAAUUACUACUGCUAUCCUUGAGCCUUUCAAUCGAAAGUACUCAGAGGAACGUCCACAAAUGGUGCACUCUGUUGUCCAACGCUUUUCGUGACGACCGCGAGGGAUUUUUCAAAUACGACCAAUGGUAUCCAUUGGUCAUCACGCUAAUCGCGGCACUAGAAAGCAUUCUGACCAAGUGUAUUGAGGGCCGUGAGGAUACCAGGAAAUCACCCCAGAUGAAGAAGAUGGAAGCCCAGUUUAGUGAGCUUGUUGCUGGUGGAGAUGCUCGACGAUUCACCCCUGACUUCCUCAUAUUCCUACAGGGUGCUUUUGAAAUUGUCCCGGAGCUUCGUGAAGCAGUGAGUGAUUUUGUUGAUAGAAGGGAGAGACAAGUUGAAAUGGCAGCACAACCUCCCCCGGUGAUGCCAGUGCAGGAGAUGGUGCCUGUUGCAGCCGAUGCCUCAAACUAGCUAGGGAGUUAUGUUUCGAUGAUAUUUCAUUGUUGUUGUUUAGACUUCAUUUAGAUCGAGUUGAUGUUAGUUUGUUGUUUUCCAUCUCAUCGGGUCGUGUUUAAUUAUAUUAAUGUUGUGUUAUUUGAAUAUUCUAGCUAGAGUUGAUGUUAGUUUGUUGUUUUCUAUCUUUUCUGGUUGUACUUCCUAGGACAAUGUUUAAUUAUAUUAAUGUUGUGUUAUUUGAAAUUCUGUUGCGUUAUUCUGAAUUAUUGCAUCAUUCAAA